GCACUGUUGAAUCCCAAACAAUCUGUUAGCUUCUGCAAGAUUAUCCGUUUUUUUUUUGGGGCGACAACAAACAAAAGAGUUAUAAUAUACGCCACAAGUCGACGCUGGAACACACAAUAAAUUGAUUAGGAUAAGUGAUAAAGAAGUAAAUAAACUGUGUUGGAGGUAUCACAAACAAGGGUCAUAUGUGAUAUCGUCAUAAGCAAGGUAGCUGGCUUUUUCGCAACCGGAACGGAAACGGGAACCCAGCCACCUGGACGAGCAGCACUUGCACCUCGCCCACCGCCCGCGCCGGUCGAUGAGAGCUCCACUGGGAUUGGCCAGAACGCGAAAGAUGAGCAACAACUACAACGACGUGCCCUUCGGCAUCCGGGCGGUCCAGCGGCUGUCCCGCCAAUGCUGCACCCGGUUCCACGCUCGCAGAGAUCUGCUAUACAAGAUGUCCGUGUUUGUGCUAACUUUCCUGGCCUACGCCUGCUACCACAUGUGCCGGAAGCCCAUAUCCGUAGUUAAAUCGGUGCUCCAAGGAAACUGCUCCACGGCGCUGGCCGCAUCGGGUCAGGAAUGUGGAUAUGCACCCUUUGAUGUUCCCGAUGCCACCACAUUAUUCGGCAUGUUGGACUCGGCCUUCCUGUUCUCCUACGCCAUUGCCAUGUUUGCCUCUGGUUUUGUGGCGGAGCGCGUUUCCCUGCGGUACUUCCUUUCCAUGGGCAUGAUCCUCACCGGAGUGUUCACCUACAUGUUCGGCAUUGCCCGCACCUCCAAUAUCCAUAGUCUGUGGUACUUUGUUAUUGUGCAAAUAUUCGCUGGCAUCUUCCAGACGACCGGAUGGCCAGGCGUCGUGGCGCUCGUGGGUCGUUGGUUUGGAAAGUCCAAGCGUGGCUUGAUCUUUGGCAUCUGGAACAGCCAUACGUCCAUAGGAAAUAUUCUGGGCACGCUGAUAGCGGCGCAUUACGUGGAAACCGAUUGGGCUCUGUCGUUUGUGGUGCCCGGCAUCAUAAUUGCAGCCAUUGGCUUUUUGCUCUUCCUUUUCCUGGUCGACCAGCCGGAGAUAGUGGGCUGUUACCCAGAUUCCGGUCACCAGGAGCGACGCGUGGCCAACGAUUCGGAUGAGGAACAAGAUGACGAGGAGCAGGUGCGCCACAACGAUGCCUUUGUGGUCAAUUUGGGGUACGACUCUUCGAAAAGCGAAAUCAACUAUAGACCGGCGCCCACCGAACGCACUCCAAUUCUUCCUCGUUCUCAAGCAGAGGCUCAUCCCAGGAGACAUGGACGCCCCAUAAGCCUGGUUGAUGCUUUAUUCAUUCCCGGAGUGGUAGAGUUUUCCCUGUGUUUGUUCUUCACCAAGCUGGUCAGCUACACCUUCAUGUACUGGCUGCCUCUCUACAUUCAGAAAUCUAGCACUUUGGGUCCUACAUUGUCCGCUGAUUUGUCCACUCUUUUCGAUGUGGGCGGUAUCUUGGGAGCUAUAGCUGCGGGCUAUCUUUCGGAUGUGAGUGGGAUGUCAGCCACAGUUUGCACAGGCAUGUUGUUCAUUGCCUCGCCCAUUCUGCUGUUGUAUCAACAAUAUGGUGCAUUGUCAAUGACGAUCAGCAUAGUGCUUCUGAUUGUGGUCGGCAUCUUUGUGAAUGGACCCUAUGCCCUGAUUACCACGUCUGUUAGUGCGGAGCUGGGCCAGCACAGCUCGCUGGAGGGCAAUGCCAAUGCACUGGCCACCGUGACGGCCAUUAUCGAUGGAACUGGGUCGAUCGGAGCGGCAGUUGGUCCGCUGCUCGCAGGACUAAUCUCUACCGCCGGAUGGCAGUAUGUCUUCCACAUGCUCAUCGCUGCCGACAUCAUAGCCAUGGUGCUGCUGGCUCGACUGGUCUUCAAGGAGUUCACCGCGCUGCGACGUGCAUCGCAUCGGAUACGGAUUGAAUAGCAGGAAGAAGCGGCCAUGACCGCCGAGUCGGAUGUGGUUUGACCGUAUUUAUUUUUGUUUCCUAGCGUUCUAUGUACAUAGCCUGGCAUUUGUAUAGCAUACAUAAAGAACGUUUUGUUUCCAUUCGAGAGCAUAUCAGAGUGUUUCUGAUCCUAGUUUUACCCCAUACAUGUCAAUACCUAAUGUUAUUUUUAAUGGAUCUUUUACCAUCAUCCUAGGCUAUCCAUCAAGUUUACAGUUUUGAUAUAUUAGCUACAUACAUAUACAUAUACAUCUAUUUUGUAAUCUUGUGUGUGCGCGCGUGUGUCAGAGUCUCCUCGUUUUAAGUGCCGAACUAUCAUUAGUACUAGCGUAAUUCUACUGCUAUGUAAAUACACUUUAUCGUACACUUUUCGUACCAAUAAAACCGAAUUUGACUGUU